CACUAAACGCUGGGCAUCUGCUUCGAAGAAAAUUAGACUAGUUCAUGUGAUAAGGCGUUAGUAUUGAUUUACAUUUAGAGGAGUGGACAUAAAAUUCAAAUAAGUGCUAGAAGUGGUUUAGUUAGUCUAAAAAAUAUGAAGUGCUACUUGUCUCUAGUUGUGACGAUCGUGGCCAUUGUGGGAUUGGGUGAAGCAGCUACCACUUCAUCACUGGCCUCCAAUGUUGCCCAGACCAUUGACCGCAAUAUAUUCGCUGCUGACUUUUAUAAUGCCGUAGCUUCGGAAAAGCUAAACGACAAUGUUGUUGUCUCGCCGGCAGCUGUGCAAAUUUCUAUGGCCUUGGCUUUCUAUGGUGCCAAGGGCAAGACAGCUACAGAAAUGCAGACAGGUUUGCGUUUAGGUUCCAGUGAUCCAGAACAAGUGGUACGCCGAUUUGCCGAUUUCCAACAGACUUUUGCCAGGGGCAAUAAUAUUCGUUUGGCCAACAAUAUUUACAUCAAUGAAAAUCUGGAAUUCAAACAAAAGUUUAAGGAUGUUGCCCAGCGAGAUUUUGAAUCGAAUAUUGAAAAGGCUGAUUUCCAUCCACCCUACAACAAGCGAACAGCCGAUCGCAUCAACAAGGCAAUGGAAACCAAAACGGCCGGCAAAAUAACCAACAUCUUGGAUCAUAACUUGCUGCAGGACCUGACUGAGGGUGUCAUCGUCAAUGGCAUUAGCUUCAGUGCACCCUGGCAGAAGGCUUUCCGUACCGACAAGACAUCGCGCCGUUCCUUCUCCGCUGGCGGUCGUCAAACCUAUCAAGUAGACACCAUGUGGACUUUGAAUAACUUCAAUUAUGGCGAAUACAAAAAUUUGGAUGCCAAGGCUGUUGAACUGCCCUAUCAGAACACAGACUUCUCCAUGGUUAUCAUUUUGCCCAAUCGCAAAGACGGUUUGCGUGAUUUGUUGCAAUCCCUGAAGAACAAAAAUUUGGUGGCCGUUCUCGACGAAGGCUUCAGCUCACAAAAGGUGGAAAUUUAUUUGCCCAAAUUCAGUGUAGCAUUCAAUACGAAUCUGGAGGAACCCUUCAAAAAGUUGGGUGUCACUACCAUGUUUACACGCCAAGGUGACUUUGGCAAUAUGUAUCGUAUGUUUGUUAGCCACUACAUCAACAGUGCCAAUCACAAGGCCUAUGUUGAUGUUUCGGAGACCGGCUCAGAGCAGCCAUUGGAAACUGGAGGUUUGAAAAAUCUGUUCUCACGUACAAAGAAAUUCGAUGCUGAUCAUCCGUUUGUCUUUGCCAUCAAACACAAGGAUUCGGUGAUAUUUAUGGGCCAUGUUGCCAAUGUUUAAUGCCUAUGUUUAAGUGUUAUUGCGAUUUGUAAAAUAAAUUAUUUCGAAAAGAAAAAAUGAAAAAGAAUUCACAGUUAUACAAUGAGUGAAGCAAAAUAAACUAUAAAAUGACGCA